AUGCUCCAUCACAACAUUCCGGUAUGUUCUUCUGCCGCCGUCGACUUUCUCCACACUCACCGAGUGAUAGAUGACUUUGAACAAUUCUCAUUUGGUCCACUUUAUGAUCUCUCGACUGAGCCUUUUGAAAGUUAUCUGGGAUGGAACCUCGGUGAUGAGGAUAUUGAUCUAAUGAGAAACCUUAACGGGGCUUCUCCUGACACUCCUCCGGCAUGUUGGCCUCAUUUCGCGACUGCGACCCACUUAACUGCGCAUCCAGAGGCGCAAACAGUGCAGGAUGCGGCGACAAUGCAGUUGAUACGGGAUGCACAGCCAGCCGAUAGCCCCUGGGUAAGACAUCUAUCUGUAUUUGUGGAUGAAAUCACCGUGCUCAUGUAUCAAAAUCCAGCCACAUGUCUACAGACCGAGCAGAGACGACGGCAGACUUAA